AUGUAAAUUACUCAAACUUAAUUAUUAGAAUGGGUAAAGGAUGGAAACAAGGUGACUUUGAAGAAACAUUUAGAGGAUGAGUUGAAGUUUUCUCAAAAUAAAGUGCACGACUUUUUUGCAAUGGUCGAUGAUUAAAGAAGAAAUGUUGUGCAUUGGGCUGCCUAUUUGGGAUAAUAUAAAUUGUUAAAGUGGUGGUGCAAGAAGUACAAAUUGAUGAUCGACUUGAACAAAGGGGAUAUGCAUUCUUACACUCCCUUAGAAUUAGCUAGCAUCAAAGGGUAUGUCUUUAUUUCAAUUAAUUCUAAAGGUAUUCUGGAGAGUAUAAUCCAGAAUAACAGGAAAAUACGAUCAGAUUAUUGCUUGAUCAUGGGGCUCAAAUACCGUAGUCUAACACUUCCAAACCAAAUCCUUUGCAUUGGGCCUUUUAUUAUGGAAACAAAGAACUUGUAGAUUUUCUGAUCUCAAAAAAAUUUCAACUCCAAUUAGAAACAGAUUAAUAAGGGAACUAUCCAAUAGAUUACUUAUUUUUGGAGAACAGACCUGAUUAAUACAAGUAUACAUAUAUUUAUUAACUAAAAGAAAAGAAGUUAGUGACAUAUUUGAAAAUGUCAUAAUUAAUUAUGCUUAGAUAAUAACUAAGUAAACUUUGAAUCGCAAACCGAAGAAGAAAAAGGUGAGAUAGCCUAUAAAGAAAAAGAAUAGGUAGUUCAAGGAGGAAAAACCACAUUAAGGCACAAUCGUCAUGAGUUAACUUCCAUUCAUUUAAACAUAGGGGAAAGAUGAUGAGUCUUCUCCUGAAUCUGAGCCUUCUAAGAAUGGGAUACCAUAUUCCAAUAUAUCGAAUUAUCAUAGAAGCCAAACCUCAAACUCUUUCAUUUCGAAAAAUACUCUCCCCAAAAGCAGUCAAAAAUCAACUUAGAAUUAAUAAAUUCUAAAUAAGUUCCAACAAAGAAGUUGUGGCUAGAAGAUACAAUCCAAGAACCUAGAUGAGAUAGCUGAUGUUCCUCUCUAUGACGAUUCUCGAAUUGAAAUGAAAGAACCCGAAGAAGAGAAGAUACCAGAAAUAAAGAUAUUCAAUCAAAAUCCAAGAAACCCCAAUUCUUAAAAACUCAUUCCAGAAAAAAACUAAGAAAGUCAAUUCAAAGCAGACGAAUGCAACAUAAUCAUUAACUAACCUCCUACCAUACUAUUUAAUUAAGAAACAUCACCUCCCAAAGUCUUUGAUCACAGAAGACAUCAUAAAAGCAAUAAAUUUAAGUCUUAAAAUGAAGAAGAUAUGGAAAAAAUUCAUCUGAAAGAAUAGGACAAGUACUUCAUUUAUCAUAGCAAUGCCAAUCUAACCAAAAAUGAGACUUAUGAAUGUCGGUUACAAUAUUGGUCUGCCAGAUAGGGUAACACAGAGUUCCUUAUUUAUUUCCUAAAACGGAGAUGCAAUCCCUUUCUCAACGUCUAUUAGGGUUUCAACUGUCUUCACAUUGCUGCUUUCAAGGGGAAACUUAAAAUAUUAAAAAUCUUACUCGAAGCAGAAUAUGAAUAUUACGACUAUUCUGGAGAGAGCAAUCACAAAAAUAAAAAGCAACUAAAAGAUCAAAUCUUCAAUAAGGUAUAUCAAUUGACAUUAUCUCUUAGAAAGAAUGCAUCAAUAUCCUGACAGAUUAAAAUCCAUCAAAUGCUUUACAUUUGGCCAUUGAAUAAGAGAAGUAUAAAUGCAUGAAAACUCUGAUCUUGCAUGGAGUAUCCGUCGACACUGUGAAUAGUAGGUGUCUCAAACCUUUCGAAUUGACUUUCAACCAAGAUAUCAUGGAAUAUUAUAAGGAAAACAUUCAGACCAAACAACAAAUGAGUAGUUUGACUGAGUUGGGAUACCAAUAUGUGAUUUAAACUAGAGGCACCUUAAGUGUUGAAUAGGAUAUUGUGUAUCUGCAAUUGCAGAAUAUCCGACAAACCUUCAAGGAUAGGGGGUGGAGUUUCGAGUUUAUGAUAUUUCAUGCUCCUGAUCUGGAGAAACUUGAAAUGUACAACGACAGCGCUUAAGCCAAAAAGGUUAAGUCCCUUUUUCAUUAUUAUGUGUUGAAGUUGCCCCCUGAUUCAAUCUAUAAAUUAGCAGAUUUAUAUUAGAUAUCAUGUUACAAUUUCUAAACUAAAGUAAAUUAUUGCCUUAAUUUUAGUACAUCUGUUAAUUUGAUUACGAUAAUAGGGGUUUUUUUGAGUUCCCGAAAGACUUACAAGUGUAAAUGCUGAUUCUAAACACACUCAAUGAUGAAUUCGAUGUGGAUAAGUUUGUCUUAGAGAAAUUGAUAAUUGCUCAUUAUCCUCUGGAGGAUAUUUAAAAAUGCGAGAAGAUCACCUAAUUUUGGGAUGAAUAGCAAAAUAAUUGCAUCCAGGAUUCGAUUCGAUAUGAAACACAAUAAAUUGCAUUGAGACCAUUGCAUGCUAUUGCCUCUUAUUUUGGCCCAGUUGUUGCAUGGUACAUAGCCUUAAAUGUACAAAUUAUAGGAUGGCUCAUGAUUCCCUCAGUGUUUGGAGCGGCUUUGGGAAUUUACAUCAUAAUAACCAAGGAAGUGAAGUAUGAAUAUUAAGGGAAUAUGUUUUAGUUCUUCCAUAGUCCCUUUUUACGCAUUACUGAUGACACUCUGGUCCACAUUAUUCAUGGAGAAGUGGAAGAACAGAGAAUCUGAGUUGAAGUUUUGUUGGGACAUGCACAAAUUUAGACAAACUCAACCCCAAAGAGUGAUGUACACAGGGUAGUACAUCAUAAAUGAGGCCACGAAUAAGAUUUAGAUAUACGAUUACUUUACCACUUUUAAGAGAAGGUUGAUUGCUGAAGGACCUGUAAUUUUGAUAGGCAUAGCAAUCAUUGUUGUGAGUUUCUAUGCAUUUAAUCUUUGGUUACAACAAUGGUAAGGUAAUACGGUAAUGCCGAUAGUGAUUAAUUCUUUAAAUGGAGUGUCAAUGACAGUGUUUUGUGAUUUAUACAAAAGACUAUGCACAUCUUUGGUAACAUGGGAGAAUCACAUGUACGAGUCUGAACAGGAAUACUCAUAUAUUUUGAAGGUGUUCUUAUUCGAGUUUCUAAUAUCAUAUGUGUCAGUGGUGUACGUUGCAAUAUUUCAGAGCGAUGCUUCUCAAUUGAGUGUGUCGGUUGCUAGUAUUAUAAUAACGAGAGGAGUGAUAUCAAAUGUGACUAGUAACUUUUUGCCUUACUUCUUUUUUAAACAAGAGAAGAAGAUGUUUUCAGAUAAGUUUUUCGAAUUCAAGAGAAUAUUUUAAUUGAAAUCAGCAGAAAAGAAACAGGUUCACAAUAUUUGCAAUUCCAAGUUCAGCACUGAUAAACUGAAUUCAGAAGUACAACUGUAGUUUUUGUAAGAGUUAGAAAUAGGUCGCAUUAAGCAACCUUAGAAAGUCCUUUAUGACGAAUACACAAGUAUUGCCAUUCAGUUCGGUUACACAACUAUGUUUGCACCAACAUUCCCAGCUGCUCCGUUAUUUUUUAUGAUCAAUUGUUACAUCAACUUGAGAUGGUCAAUUUAUAAUUAUCAGCACAUUUUAAAGAGGGAAAGGGCGUAGGCUGCAGAUUCAAUUGGGAUUUGGCUGUAGAUUUUUGAAAUAAUGAAUUAUUGUGCCACGUUUAUGAAUUGCAUUGUUAUUGGAACUGUUAAUAAGGAAUAAUUCAAGGGGAUUAUUGGCAAUUAAAAUGCCCUUGUUAGUGCUUUCUUCCUUGCUGCCAUAGAACACGUCUUGUUGCUUAUUAAAUACAUUCUUGAUGUUUCAAUUCCUGAUUGUCCGUAUUGGGUGGAGAAGGAACUUAGAAGGUAUGCCUACUUAGAAGAAAAAUACUCGAAAAAUAACAAUUGA